AGCGUUGAGUUCAAUUGCGACAGAAGAAACAGAAGAUCCUCGAAAUAUUCCUCCCUCAAAUUAUUACGGAUACAUGGUGUUACAUAGGACAUAACCCCCUCAUUAUGCUGCUGAUCCUUUCUUCUCCACCAAUUUUUAACUUUACCUCCUAUUCAGAUAUCCGAUUUCUCAAGGAUUCGCCAUCGAAUUGAUAAGGGUCUGGUCCCUUUUUCGCGAAUCAAGAAAGUGUUGAAACAUCUCUGCCACAUCUCCCCAGACACAACGACAAGAUACAAUAGAAAGGGUUGAAGUAGGAGAAGAUCUCAUGAUGGAACGACCAAAUGGUCCUCCCCUUGGAGCAGCAAUAAUGUCAUCAAGUCGACCAAAAUUCGAAAACGGCAUGCCAGGUCCAGUUGCAGGUUCAGGUCCCAGGCCACAAAAUCUGAGCGCAUCGCGACGUGGUCCCAUGGUUCGACAUGCUCAGUCUAACUCUUCGCUAUCUUCUAAGCUCCCUUUAUCACAAGGACAAGUCAUCGCAUUAGCACGGGAAUAUAUGAAUAAAGCCUUAGAGGAAAACAUAGUGAAAGCUACAGAGUCAAGCGCCGUCAGCAACGAGCUGAAGCCAGGAGUUACGAUCGAUUUGAGCCACAAACGUAUACAAAGAUUUCCGGAGGAGGUUGUUGACAUCAUAAAAGUCGAGCUUGAACGGUAUUUACAUUCCUCAUUUGUUACAGCAGACUUAGGACUUGUUUAAACUUGUCAUGUUGAGCUCUCCAGAGUCUCGGAAUUUAGUUGUUUCCAUUCUUUAAAGGAAAAAUGACAAAGCUAACAAAUAUUCAUGGUACAGACUUGCGUUAUCCCACAACGAGAUUCAGACCUUUCCCGCCAAAUUCGCAGAAUGUACCUCGCUGCGAUAUCUGAACGUUCGAAACAAUAUUAUUCGAGAGUUCCCGCUAGCAGUAUGUAUGAUGGAAACAGUUGAGAGCAAGCUCAAAGUGGCUGACUUUGUUUUAGAUAUGCCAGUUGACCUCUCUCGAAAUCCUCGACCUCGGACGAAAUAAGCUUCGCACCUUACCACCAGAAAUUGUGAACUUGACAUCACUGAAAGUUCUAUCCGUUCAAAAAAACAGGAUUGAGGAGCUUCCUUUAUGUGUGGCAGAUAUGACUUCCCUUCAGGUUCUUAAAUUUAAUGGAAAUCCCUUGAAAUUUCCACCUAAAGAGGUUCUCCAACCGCAAGCCAUGAACUCCCCUAGCGGCGGUGGUUCACAAGAAGUUGAGAUAGAUGAUAUUACUGUUACAACACAGAUCAAAAGAUUUUUGAAGCAGAAAGCUAUGGGUCGACCUGAAACCGAAUCUGGUGGAGAAGAAUCAAGCGAGGGUACCGAGACUCCACGACCUACCAUGAAGCGUGUUGUGAGUGGUCGUUUUCCUAUAAAAGUCGAAGGCGUUCCGCCUUCACCAGCUCAGCCUCGAGCACCUCCUAUACCUUCUAGGUCUCAUCAAAGAGGCUACUCGCAACAGAACGCAGCACUCAGGCGACCUGGAGUGAUGCCUCUCACAAUUGGAAGCACAAAUGAAAGGGUUCGCAGUAACAGCGAGGGCCUCCUUCAGGCUAAUCGCGAUCGCCCGGACCGUUCUUCAUCAGAUCGCUCACGACGAAUGGGUAUUGUUUCAAGAAAGGCGGCCGAACUAGGAACUGUUGACGAGACAAACAAAUCCAAUCGUUACAGUCUUCAUAAUAGAGGUCUCAGUCAUGGAUCUGCAAUGGAAGGUAACGGUACUGGAUCCAACGGCAACACGGUUAGUCCGGCCAGUCCAGCAGAUUCAGGUGGCCAGCGAGCCGCCUAUGUCCGUCGCUUGUCAAGUUUACCCGAACGCAAGCGAGAAUCUAUUUCCCCAGAUCCUAUUAUUGAAGGGGCUAAGGGUGUAUUAUAUGCUUUGUUUCAAGUGCAUCCUCUUAUUGAAACACUGAUUGGCCUGGUUCGAAAUCCUGGCGAGAAGAAAUCGACACUGGAAAGAGUUUUCUACAACGCCAAAACGCACGUAGAAGAGCUAGAUCAAGAUGUUCAACGCUAUGAUUCAUACUCGGAAGAAGACGAAGAGGCUUCUCCUAGAUCAAACGAAAAUGUCAAACGUGCAUGUUUAACUUGCGUUGGUGCAUACAUCCACGUAUGUGCUCAACUAUCACAAAACGUGGAAAUUCUUCUCAUUAACGGCGAUCCUCGAUAUAUUCGGACGCUACUACUCCAGUUAUACGGAAGCGUAGCGGAAGUACGAAAUGCCGGUGCAAGCUUGUUUCCUCCUGGACAAAGUCGAGUUAGUAGACAGCCGGAAAGUAAUUAUGGGGCCGGGUAUCAAAUUAGAGAUAGAUCAGUCACUCCAACCCGAGAGAGACCUGGCACAAAUUUUAGAACAAGAAGCGCGACGGUCAUCCAGCACUCGAAUAAUUUACGAGUUGCAAUAGAUGCCCCACCACCAUUUGUCAAUGGAAACGGACGUUCUGCUACAAUGACGAGCGCCACACCACGCUCUGGAGAAUCAUUUGUCUCAACAGGUACUAGUGGGCGUGUGGUAGGUGCCUUUACCGAGGAAGAUAAAAUUUUCGAGAGAAUAUUUCUGCGUCUACAACAAACGUCAGAAAUGGCUCUCAGAACCCUUCCCAAUGUCAAUGCCCAUUUUCUCGGGUCCAUGCAAAAAAGUGCAAAUUCAAGUAAUGCAGAUCUUGCUAAACAGUAUUGGCAACUAUUAAUACAUAAAUGCACGAACGCGUUGAACAUAGCCGAUUCAUUGAAAUCUCGCCUAUCAACGAUCAAACUCAAAGAUCCUGAUAUCAGAGAACAAAAGGGAUUCUGGGAGAUGUGUUGGGCAAUGGUAGAUGUAAGUAUACCCACCCGUUAUCACAAGUUGUUUUUAUUAAUGUAUACAGUCAUAUCUAGAUCUAGUCGUCAAGGUCAAGGAAGUAAAAGGUGUGAUUAGUUUUGUUCCAACCGAAGUUAUCAUUCUUCUCAGGCCUCUUCAAAGAGUUAUCAAGGAAACAGGACAAAUGAUUACGGCAUCACCUUGGGGUUUCCUAGCAAAUCGGCAAGUAAAUGGUGGUUCAAAUGGUUCUUACACAACACAAUCACCUGCCUCGCAAGUUCCUUUACCUAUGACCCCACAAAGUGCAGCUUUAGGACCAGCGGUUCAAGCUACUGUUCCAUCGACUCCACAAAGCGCAGCGUUUGGUGCAAUGUUCAAUGGCAAUGUCUAUGAACGUGCGGAUACUUAUUUAUCGAAUGGAUCGAGAGCUGGCACCAUGACUUCUCAGUUGGGUGUUAAUGAUGGGCCUACAAUCAUGCUAAGCCCAUCUCACUAUAUGAACAAUCGGUUCAAUAGUAAUGGAAGAGUGGGCUUUUGAUAAUGAGGCUUAUUCAAGCAUAAAACUUCGGAUAUCUUAACAUUGAGUGAGAUGCAUUAUCUUCGUUUAUCUCCCUGGUUAUCUCUUGUCAGUAUGCUUGAUAUCUGAUAUCAACGCGGAACUUUCUCAUCGACCAGUUUGAAUUUGAAAAUGAAUGAACGAAUGAAUGAAUGGGGAUGGAUGGAUGGAUGGAUGGAUGGAUGGAUGGAUGGAUGGAUGGAUUUGGUAUUUAAGCGUGGAUGAAAAGGAAAAGAUGGAAGGUAUGGAAGGGAAUACAAAUGGAUGGGACGGGAACUCAUCCAAGGAACGCGAUUUUUCAAUCAUAGCAUAUACCACUGUCAUUAGCGUUUUGAUCUUUUAAGUGUUUUCUAGUUUUUUUGUUAUGUUAUCGAGGAUUGUAAAGUUAGCGGGGUGUUUUAUAUGAUGGAUGGAUGUAUGAGUAUUGGAGGGAGUUAUAUGGGUAUGGUUUCGGUGCAUGGUUCGGAGUUUGGGUUUCAUUUUUAGCGAGGGGUUUGGCGGUGGGGGUUUUGGGGGUGGGAAGUGAGGAGUUGUGUGUUUAAUGUUUUGAUAGGGUGACGUUGAUAUGUUGUUGGGUUAAAGGGAGAGGUUGUGACGACGGGGGUGGAUAAGGUGAAGUGAGGGUGUGCAUGGGAGUUCUAAGCGUGUAUGGGGAGUAAAUUACCGAGGAGAUUUGAUGGAAUGAAUGAGUUGAACUAAACCAAAUCCAAGUGAAGAAUAGAUGGGGAAAGCAGAAGCCGAGGGAAGGGAGAUAUGGUACGAAAGGCUUCAGUGCCUCGUAUCUACAGAGGUGGCAAUUUGAUUUUUAUGAUGAAAUCAAUCGAAAGAGUUGAGUCGCGAUAGCAAGACAGAGGGAGCUAUUCUCCAAUUAAGGACUAGAAUUAGCGGGUUAGUAAGUGGCAAUUCAAGGGAUGGAGUGUGAUGAAAGAUGUGGAUGGAGAGGAGAUGAGUACGGAGAUGAAGAUGGAGACGAAGAGGAAGACGAAGAGGGAGAGGAAGAGGGAGAGGAAGAUGAGGAUAAGAAUGGAGAUGAAUAUCUAGGAUUAAUUCGUACAAUAUUUACAAUGAGAAAUUAUAGUCAGAGUCAGAAUCAGAAUCAAAAUCAGAAUCAGAAUAAACAGUGAGAGUAUUAUUCAGUUGG